AUGGUACAAUCUUUCGAUCCGGCCAAUACGUUCUUCUAUAUAUUGUUAGGAAUAUUAGCAGGUUUAAUAUCACUGUAUUACGCUCGCAUGUUUACCGGAAUAGAACAUGCCGUAUCAUCCAUUAAAAACAAUCACGCAAAAAUCAUUUUAGGGGGGCUUCUAUUAGCCUUAUUUCUUAUUCUUUUUCCCCCUCUGUUUGGAGAGGGUUAUGACAGCAUAACAUCAUUGGCUAUGCUAGAUCCCAAUGCUCUUGUUCAAAACAGUAUACUGCAGUCGUGGAUGACCUCUGAUUGGGCUGUAUUGCUUUUUAUUGUAGCCCUAAUGCUCAUCAAAGUGCUGGCAACUGCCAUCACUAUAGGAAGUGGAGGAAGCGGAGGUAAUUUUGCUCCCUCAUUGUGUGUAGGAGCUUAUCUGGGGUAUACUUUUUCCCAUUUUAUCAAUAUGAUUGGUUGGGCUAAAAUCCCUCAAAGUAAUUUCACGUUAGUAGCGAUGGCAGGUAUAUUAAGUGGUGUAUUUUACGCCCCUCUUACUGCCAUAUUUUUGAUCGCUGAAAUUACAAGGGGGUACGAUCUUAUGAUUCCCCUUAUGAUGGUAGCUGCUAUUAGUAACGCUAUAGUGAGGUAUUUUGAGCCUCUUUCUAUGGAAAAUAAAAAGCUAGCCACGCGCAUGAACCUAUCUGUUGAGAGCAGGGAUCGUUAUUUACUCAGCAAACUUAAUCUGGAGAAUAUGAUUGAAACGAAUUUUCAAACAGUAAAACCGGAAGAUACUUUACGCGUGCUGGUAAAAGCCAUCGCAAAAUCAACACGAAAUUUAUUUCCCGUGCUCGACGAUAAUCAACAUUUGGUCGGCAUUGUACUAUUGGAUAGUGUAAAGGAAAUGAUUUUCAACCAUGAGGUAUACGACACGAUGAAAGUAAGUGAUGUAAUGACCGAUCCUCAGGUUGUUAUUACUCCUGAAGAAGACUUAGACUCUGUGCUCAUAAAAUUUGAGGAAACCAAUCAAUGGAAUUUACCGGUAAUACAAAAUCAAAAAUAUGCAGGGUUUCUUUCCAAAUCGAGUGUACUCUCAGAAUACAGGGAGGAACUUCGCCGCUCAUCUUGA